AUGGCUCUCUUCACACCUACCAAGCUAGGAUCUGUUACCAUCCCCAACAGGAUCGCAAAAGAACCCUCCCUCGAGUGCUUGUACAGCACACGAAUCCACCAUUUCGUUCCGAUUCCCAUUGUCGUCUGGGAGUCCGUCUCCUCCUCCCAUCCUACCAUCGUCGCCCGAUCUGGCGCAUCAAAACCAACCCGGGCCCUCCAACCCUACCUCGCCCUCCCGCCUCCUGAAGACGAGAUACCCGACCUUGACGAGUUACCCUCCGAACAACCACCCUCGCCCCCACCUACCACACCUGCUCCUACCAUGUCAGGACAUCACCGCAUCACCCUCGCCGCCAAUCCUCCCUACUUCGAUGGCGACAAGUCCAAGUACCUGGGCUUUGUGGACGCGUGCACCACUUACAUCGGUGCCUAUCGGUCGGAGUUCUCGCUGGACGAGACAAAAAUCCUCUUCGUCCUGUCCUACCUCCGAAAUGAGAGCGGCACAAGCUGCGCCGCCUCAAGAUGGGCAAUGAACUGGAAGCAGCACAAUUUCGAGGGCUUCCAAGGACUAAAGGCAGGAGUCACCGCAACAAGCUUCUUGGAGGAGCUUCAGAGGGCCUUUGGGGAUUCUAACGCAGAGCAAGUCGCUGCCGCCCGACUCAUGGCCCUUCGCCAGGGCAGACGGUCCUUUGCGGACUACAUCUCCGACUUCGAAAUGCUGGCUGCAGACGCGGGGUACAACGUGGUCACCUCCACCGACAGCAAGGGCGACAGCGAAAUUGCAAGCCGCCUCUACAACACCGGCGUUCCCCUGCCCAAGGCAUAUGGUGCCUUCAAGAACUGGUGUGUCAACAUCGAGGCCAAUGCCUUGCGCGAUCAGCUGCGUAAGGCCUCCUAUGCGCACUCGACUCCACGGCCUCCUCCCCAAUUCCCCCCUCAGGCAGCACCAGCGGCACCCACGCCUGCUCCGACCCGACCGGCUGCCAACGAACCGGUCCCGAUGGAAAUCGAUCGGACCCAUGCCCGCGGCCGCAAUAUCAUCUGCUACAACUGUCAGCAGCCUGGGCACAUCGCGCGGAAUUGUCCGGAGCCCAAGAAGAAGCGCAUGUUCUUCAAUCGGGCCACAAUGCUGGAAGAGAUCGAGAACGGGGAUAAGGACAACAAGUUCCUCAAGGAGAUUGCCGAGAAGCUGCGCGAGAAGGGUUUUUGA